AUGGAUGCCCACGAUGAGCACUCCUUUCCCUCUUCACAUCCUUACGCCGAGGACUCAAUGUCUACCCCUGGUGGCAAGAAGCGAGUCGGCUUUACCCAAGAGACGAGCCCUUCCCCACCCUCUCCACCUAACGAAGAUAGCCCAUCUGGAGGGCACAACACACCCCUGCGAACCCUGCAAAGGGCUGAUGUAUCUCACCAAGAAUUGGCAGAGUCUGUCCGUGAGGCGCUUGCACCGUUGUACGAUGAGCCACUCGACAACGUUCAGAAACCACGGCCUGCAAUCCGGAAGGCCCCAAGAACGCCUCCACAGUUCCAUCUCGGCCAGGAACUGGAAGAGUUCGACGAGGAGAAGAAAAGAUCAGGUAUUGCGGCCCAGAAACGUGCCACGAAGCUAUCGAAGAGCGUUGGGACCUACUCCGCGCCUUUAUCGAGGCGGAACUCAGACGAACCGCUUGCAUCACAUCACAUUGAAGACAAUACCCUCCACGUCCCCCACUCUGGGUUCGAAUCUGGUGCUACCACUGACGCUGAAGAUGACGAGCCUGAGCCUGAGCAUGUGAGGCAUGCCCGACAGCUGUUUAGGCAACACACACUACGGAGGGCUCAGCCCGUCGACCCCGUAGAUCUCUACCACCAUGAGGGACUCGUCGUCGACGGCACGGUUACACCUACCCAUGAACUGGAGAUUGAAGAUGAGCAUGUACCACGCCCUACGAAAUUUCGAACGGGAGUCCUGGGAACGUUACUCAGAGCCUCUAACGCAGCUCAGUCUGACGUGAAUUUGCCUCGUAACAAAGCAACAGGUCACGGACGAAAUCCCAGCUCCGGUUCUCUGAGCGGAGCAUCUACCGCUGCCCAUUCACCGUCUUCGUCGCCUCCAGUCUCCGGCACCUCCACGCCUCGAUUCGGCAAGCCUUGGCUACGAAGUCACAACCAUUCUAACCACUCUGUUUCAUCAAUUUCCCGCCUGAUCGAAUCUUCCUCAAUGCUUGCUACACCCGGACAGAGAGAUAUGAGCCAUGAGAUGGAAUCUCAAGUCAAGAAGCUGCGCCCUGGAAUGGGCAAGCGACAAGGGUCUGAUAACUCAAUAACGACCAAGGCCAAGCGUAAGGCGCGCAAGGAGGAGGAAUACAAGAUCAAAAUCCACUUGGCGGGUACCCUGGCUCGUCAAAAUUAUCUGCGCAAGCUUUGCAAGGCAUUGAUGAUGUACGGUGCACCUACUCAUCGUCUCGAAGAAUAUAUGAACAUGUCAGCUCGCGUGCUGGAAAUCGAAGCCCAGUUCUUGUACAUGCCAGGGUGCAUGAUCAUGGCAUUUGAUGACAGUUCCGUUCAUACUAGCGAAGUCAAGCUCGUCCGCACCGCUCAAGGUGUUGAUUUGGGCAAGCUCCGCGACGUACACGAGAUCUACAAGGACGUUGUACAUGAUCGUAUGGGAGUUGAAGAAGCCAUGCCACGACUAGACGCCAUCAUCAGCCGCAAAGCAAAGUUCAACGCCUGGAUCCGUGUGCCUGUCUACGGAUUGGCGUCUGCGACUGUGGGGCCCUUUGCUUUCCAGGCUCGGCCCAUCGAUUUGCCCUUCUGUUUCCUUCUCGGGUGCCUCAUUGGUUGGCUGCAAUUAAUUGUCACCCCUGGAAACGAGCUGGUCAGCAACGUUUUCGAAAUUGGAGCUGCAGUCGUCACAAGUUUUAUUGCGCGAGCUCUUGGCUCAAUACCUGGAAGUAACGGCCACCCGAUGUUCUGUUUCAGCGCUAUGUCACAAUCUUCGAUCGCAUUGAUCCUUCCCGGCUUCACUGUGCUAUCUGCGUCGCUCGAGCUUCAAAGCAAGCACCUCGUCGCUGGUUCGGUGCGUAUGGUCUAUGCCAUCAUCUACUCGCUCUUCCUAGGGUUCGGUAUCACUAUCGGUACUGUUUUGUUUGGGCUCAUGUACAAAGACGCAACCUCCCAGACGCAGUGCCGCGACCCAAUGUCGAGUCAUUGGUACUACUUGUUCGUCAUUGCCUUUUCACUUUGUCUCAUGGUCAUCAACCAGGCGAAGCUGAAGCAGAUGCCUAUGAUGGUGGUCAUUUCUCUCAUUGGCUAUGUUGUGAACUUCCACUCGUCGUCAUACUUCAAGAGCAACGCUCAGAUCAGCAACACGCUUGGAGCACUGGCAAUCGGUAUAGCAGCCAAUCUACAGGCACGAUUCGGCCGCCAUGUGGAGAACUGGAGCAUCGAUUUCUGGGAGAACAGACUGCGUCCGCGGUAUUCUCGCCUUCGAAAGCGCUGGAUGCGAAGCCGACACGGCGCACAUCACAGGGAAGAAAGUCACAAGUUACGCUCGCACUCUCGAUCCAGUUCCAUGACCGAUUUCGUACCGCGGAUGCGCAAAAUUGGAUACGGACUGGCUGCGGCCACCAUGUUACCCGCCAUCUUCGUACAAGUGCCCUCGGGUCUGUCAGUUCAAGGCUCGCUGGUUUCCGGUAUCAACUCUGCUGACCAGAUUGUACGAAACACGACUGGCAACGCAACUACUGUUACUGCGUACGAUUCGAGUGGGAGCCUGAACAGCGUGGCUCUUAACGUGGGAUUCAGCGUCGUUCAGAUUGCGAUUGGCAUCACUGUUGGGCUGUUCCUCGCCGCGCUCAUUGUGUACCCGCUUGGCAAGAGGAGGAGUGGUCUGUUCAGUUUUUAG